AAAGGCUCCUUCGCAGAGGAGCCGGUGGCGCGACCGCGGCCACAAGUUGCUGGGACCCGGAUUCCGAGCUCUCUCCUCUUUCUCCCUCCCUCUCUCCCUCUCUCUUUCUCUCUCUCUCCCUUUAUCCUCAUCCCGGUCCCUCCCUUCUCCCACCCGGGUGGCUGUUCCUGCUGCUUGGUUAGGGACAAAACGCGCUGCACAAUAACCCAGAAAAGCAGAUGUAAGCAAGACCCCCGCCCCCGGCCCCUCGCUGCUUCCAAUCGCAAAUCCACAGUGUCUUUCUGCGCCUCUUCUCUGCCCCAUCCCAAAGGGUCAAAAUAUGUGGCAGCCGGCAAGCGAGAGACUGCAGCACUUUCAGACCAUGUUGAAGACUAAAUUGAAUGUCCUAACGCUGAGGAAAGAACCUCUCCCCACAGUCAUCUUCCAUGAGCCAGAAGCCAUUGAGUUGUGCACCACGACCCCACUGAUGAAAACUCGAACUCACAGUGGAUGCAAGGUAACGUAUCUGGGCAAAGUCUCCACAACAGGGAUGCAAUUUUUAUCUGGCUGCACAGAAAAGCCAGUCAUUGAGCUCUGGAAGAAGCAUACACUGGCCAGAGAAGAUGUCUUCCCAGCUAAUGCUCUCCUGGAAAUCCGCCCCUUCCAAGUCUGGCUCCAUCAUCUUGACCUGAAAGGAGAGGCUACCGUCCAUAUGGAUACCUUUCAGGUGGCUCGCAUCGCCUACUGUACCGCUGACCAUAACGUAAGCCCAAACAUCUUUGCCUGGGUCUACAGGGAGAUCAAUGAUGACCUGUCCUACCAGAUGGACUGCCAUGCUGUAGAGUGCGAAAGCAAGCUAGAAGCCAAGAAGCUAGCUCAUGCCAUGAUGGAAGCCUUCAAGAAGACAUUCCACAGCAUGAAGAGUGAUGGCCGGAUCCAUCGGAACAGCUCAUCUGAAGAAGUCUCUCAGGAAUUGGAAUCCGAUGAUGGCUGAGGGCACUGGUCAGUGGUUCAGCAAAAGGCUGCCAUGGCCUUGGGAAUAGGAGCUGAUAGAUAAAUAAGCAAUGAUUCAAAUUGGGGAUGAAAAGACUGCCAAACACUUGGCUGACCAAGCUUUUUAAAAUCAAAAGAGCAAUUCAGAACCUAAAGAUAUGCAUCAUUAAAGUAAUUAUGUUACAUUGACAUCUGCUGCUGCUGUGAAUGUGAGGAGGGGGGAAAGAAAAUCUUAUUUUUCUGUUCAUUCCCCUCCCCAAUUUCCCCUCUCCUCCUGGCCCCAGACCCAUCCAUGCUGA